CUUUUGUCACUCCUCCUCUGAAGCCGCCUACUCUCGACUACAUUGCAGGCGAGGCGAGGCGCAUCUCAAAAAACCUUCUUCUCUGCCGAGGCUCGCGAGCGCGGAGGAGUUGUCAAAAUUUACAAGCCAAGUCGACCGAGUUUUCCCAAGAGAAGGCAAGAUCUCUGUAGCCUACAUUUAGAAACCCCCUGGAAGAAGAGCUCUUUAAGUGAAGUCUGAGAGGUUUGAAACAUAAGAAAUGGCAGGACCAACUGCGCUCGGAUUGAUUUUUACCUUACUGCUCUCAGGGAGCUUCUGUGCGACGCAGGAAAAGAAAGUGUGUAAGGGAACAAACAUCAAACUGACCCUCCUGGGAACAGUGGAUGACCAUUAUCAGAUCCUGGUAAAAAUGUACAGCAACUGCACCGUGGUUCUGGAAAACCUGGAAAUCACAUAUAUGACAGAAAACCAUGACUUGUCUUUUCUCAGGAGCAUCCAAGAAGUUGGUGGGUAUGUUCUUAUUGGCCUCAACUCGGCUCCCAGCAUCCCCCUUGAGAAUCUGCGCAUCAUUCGUGGCCACUCCCUUUUUGACGACAAAUAUGCCUUGACCGUCCUACUAAACUCCAACAACAGAAUAGGACUGAAUCAGUUACCGCUGACUAGCUUAACUGAAAUACUGAAGGGUGGAAUAAAAUUUACUAGUAACAGUCAUUUAUGUCAUGUGGAGACCAUCCAGUGGACUGAUAUUCUGAACAUGAAGAGCAAUCCUACAAUUAUAGUGCACACCAAACCAUACUUUCCAAGACACUGUGAGAAGUGUGACCCAGACUGUCACAAUGGUUCCUGUUGGGGCCCUGGCCCUCAAAACUGUCAAACAAUGACUAAGGUGAUCUGUGCGGAGCAGUGCUCGGGCAGGUGUAAGGGACUUGAACCUGAGGACUGCUGCAAUGAACAUUGUGCUGCUGGCUGCACUGGACCCGAACCAACCGACUGCCUGGCCUGUAAGGACUUCCAGGAUGAAGGGACAUGUAAGGACGCAUGUCCACAGCUCAUGCUCUACGACCCCAACACCCACCAGCUCGCUCCCAACCCCGACGGGAAGUACAGCUUUGGGGCAACGUGUGUCAAGACAUGUCCACAUAACUAUGCCGUGACAGACCAUGGGGCAUGUGUGAGAACCUGCAGCCCUGACACCUAUGAGGUGGAUGAGGGUGGAGUUCGGAAAUGUAAGAAGUGUGAUGGCCUGUGUCCAAAAGCUACGGUCGAGACUGAUGGUCAGGAUCUGUAACAAGAUGAUGUUUUUUUUUUAAGAGGAAAGAUCGUCUGGGUUUUUUUUUUUUGACAAACAUGGGCAGUAU